CUAUUGCAGUUCAAUUGUCACUUCGCAUACGGUUCGUCACGAGUCUGAGUAAAGAAACAACUGCAAAAUUGUUAUUUUACUGUACAUACGUCUGCAAUCGUUUAGUAAACUCUUCUAAUUAUCAAACUUCCGAUAAAUAGACGAUCUAUUCCUUAAAUUCUAACAAUCGCAAAUUGCAAAACGAUGGGCUAUCUCGAAAUCUGCUUGGUCGUUGUACUAAUCGCCGCCUGGUACUACUGGACGUGUUUCCAUUUUUGGAAAAGACGUGGGGUGGUUGGGCCGCGACCAGCCCCGAUAUUUGGUAACGGCAAGGACCUGAUGUUUGGAAAAAUAUCCUUGGCCGAGUAUGCGCAUCAACUUUAUACCCGUUAUCGAAACGAGGAGAUGGUCGGCCUCUAUUUGCCUUCGCCUGCUCUUCUUCUGAUAGAUACAGAGAGAAUCAGGGAAGUUCUAAUCAAAAACUUUUCUAGCUUCAUGGACAGAGGCAUUGGCGUCUACGAAAAGACGGACCCAACAACAAUGAACCUGGUAAACCUGGAGCCGGAGAGGUGGCGACCAUUGCGAAUAAAACUGAAUACAGCAUUCACUACCGGUAAAAUGAAGCAGAUGUUUCCUCUGAUUCUGGAAUGCAAUCAAAUGUUUGAGAAACGCUUGUCAAAAAGUGUGGACAAGGGAGAACCAAUAGACGUGAGGGCACUCUCUGCGAGAUACACGAUGGACGUGAUAUGCUCCUGUGCGUUUGGGAUGGACAUCCAGGCGCUUGACGACAUGAUUGUGGGUAUACUCAGGGGGUCGACGAACUUCAACCUCGAAUGGCACAUCAGGCACAAGAUGAGAAUCUUCGCGCCAUGGCUGUACAACCUCAUGGGUUACGUCGUAAGCGAGAAAGUGCUUUCGCCGUUUUUCUUGAGAAUUUUAAAGGACACCGCCAAACUUAGGGAAGAAAACAAUAUGCAUAUGACGGAUCUGCUUCAGGUGAUUUUAGACAUCAGGAAGCAUCCCGAAAGUAUGUCAGAUAUCCAAAUAUCCGAUGAGCUCCUUAGUGCCCAAGUAUGUAUGUUUAUGAUCGUCGGCUACGAAACGUCCGCAACUACAAUGGGCAACGCCAUGUACGAGUUGGCGCGCAACCAUGAGAUUCAGGAUAAACUGCGCGCAGAGAUCAGAGAAUAUUAUGCGAAAUCCAAUGGAAAUUUGGAGUACGAGGAUGUAAAGAAACUGAAGUACCUCGAUCAAGUAUACCAAGAGACACUGAGAAUGUAUCCAGUGUUAAACACUAUACAGAGAAAAUCAGUCACCGAUUAUACCUUCAAAAAUAGUAAUAUCACCAUACCUAAGGGCACUAUCAUACACAUACCGUAUUACUCGAUUCAACGAGAUCCGGCCUACUACCCAGAUCCGGACAAAUUCGAUCCUGAGCGAUUCAGUGACGAAGCGGUCACCUCUAGAAAUUCAAUGCAUUUCAUAGCGUUCGGUGACGGCCCCAGGAAUUGCAUUGGCAAGCGGUUUGCUACAUACGAAACGAAACUCGGACUGAUCACGUUUUUCCGCAAUUACAAAGUGGACGUUUGCGAAAAAACGACAUCCUACAAAUUUGACCCAAAUCACGUGUUACUGGCACCAAUUGGAGGUAUACAUUUGAAAGUGACGAGAGUGGAAUAUUAGCCAGUUACAGUACAGUAGUAAAAAGGAAUAGUAGAAUAAUGUAGUAAUGAAUAAACUAGUAGAAUAAUAUAGUAA